CUGAUGUUCAUUGCCCAACGAAACUUGAUCUGUAUACAUGAGCAGUUGCUCUUGAAACGGCGUAUCAGGGAAGACACUCAAUAGGUGAAUGGAAUUUGUUGGUGUGAUAUGAGUUUGUGGACGCCUCCGUCCAUGAGAACCCAAACAUUUGUUUCGACGACGAGAGAUCAGUUAACAUAAUGUGAUCGCCUUUUAGCGAGGUAUUAAGUGAAAAUUAACGACGUCGGUUUCCACGAUCAUUUUUAUUCACUCUCUUUCUUUGCUACGGUCGCCACAAGCCUCAUCUAUUUUAUUACUCUGACAAUUUUGCAAUUGAACUUAUAAAGAUACGAAGAGAAUGUUGCCUGAAACACUUUUUCAUUUCAAAAGAAAAUUAAGACUUGAAAAGGAAUAUAAUCAUCAUUGAAGAUUUUGGAUUGAGUUUCUUAAUUGUGAUAGCAUGAUUAUUAGCCUGCGGGAUCUGUAACCUCCAACUCUACAACAUUAUCCGGUUGCUAUAACAACUAAUUGUACCGUUCCCUUCAAAGCACGCCUGGAUAGCUGCCCUCAUGUUUUGAAUCUCACAUCGUUUAUUAAAGGAUUUUACAGGAUGAGCACCCGUGCAAGAAAGUCACCGAGUGCGUCGUCCAGUUCGUCACGAAUGAUGUCUGCUGGGGGUAGAAAAAAGGCUCCACAAUCGACCACAAAGUCAUCGACCGCGUCGACAACGAAAGGCAGCAUGCCACAGCGGAAGGUAUCACGAACCAACGACCAAGUCGCACCAACGACCGCUAGAAAGAUAAGCGUAGCUUCCAAUGCGUCAUCGCACUCAAGAAAGAUGUCCGCCGCUGCGGGGGUCAACCAGGGAUCCGCGUCGUCUACUAAAAAGAAGCCCGGCGAAGGCGGAGAAGACAUGAUGAAUUUGAAACAAAGUUUUCAGAGUUUGAUGAUCGCCAAGCGCAUGGCGAGAUCGCUUCGUCAGCGGACGUCUCAACGACUCGCUGAUCGACGAGGAGUCAGCUUCGUGUCGUACAUGGAUCGUCCUCGCCGUCGAUCACCAAGCGCGAAGCACCUCCCACAGAUCGAAAACACGUACCAGCUCGAGCCUCGAGAGCUGUUCUCGAGCUAUGUCCGCGUCAUUCGUGACAUCAUAGAAAGCACGGUCGAGUCUCGACUCACCGGGAUGAAGUACGAUCCGAAGCUGUGUUCGAAGGAGGCGGAGGAGCUGUCAGAGAUCAUCAAGGAACGUGUGAAGACCCUCGACAUCGAUCGGUACAAGCUGAUUACCCUGGUACACAUUGGUAAGAUGCACGGCCAGGGGCUGCAGGUUUGUAGCAGGAAUUCGUGGGACCCAGCCAGGGAUUCGUUUGUGAGUUACCGCUUCCAAAAUGCAUCCGUCUUCUGCGUGGCAACGAUUUACGGUGUCUACUUCGAAUGAGAUCCAAACACAAUUUAGUCCUACUUUUAGCAUUGAUGUUGGGAUUGAUUAUCGCUUUAAGCAUAUGAAAAUUAUUUAAAAUCUUAUUUGAUAGACUUACAAAGAACAAAAGAAGCACUUCAAAGAUUGAACCUGUUUUGUAACGGUUUCAUAUAUAUCAAAGCAAAAGAGAGACCUUAGGAAGAACAUUGUACCAGUGAAAUUCGAACUUUGGAUGGUGGAAAUUUUCGUCGAUUUUGAAUGUGAUUAAUCUCUUGCCAUAACUAAGGAUUAUCCAAUUCUUAAUUGCAUAAUUCACAUUCUUUAACGUUUAAUAUUGCAAUUGUUUUGUUCUUUCUAAUGAGCACGAAACCAUUUAAUGGUUUAUCAACUUGAUGUGAAUGAUCGCAGCCAUUCAGUUGUAUGUAACCCCUAUAGUAAUAGAAGCACAUCAUGUUUAAUUUUCUAAUGUAGAUAUUUUUUCUUCUUGAAAACUCUGAGCACAAUGUUCAACAGAUUACGAAUCUAAAUUAUGUGUAUCCUCAAUAUCCAAUUAUGUUUUUUAGGCCUAGACCUAAUCAAUUUUAAAAGGGAGAAGAAUCGCAGGGGAAGAGAAAAGCAUCAUUGUUCACUGAUUUAUCAACUGAAAUGUACCAUAUUAUGACGAAAAUGAUUUCCGAGCGUAUCAAUAUAGCGUUUAUGGGCUUUGAUUUCAAUGCUCCACAAUUUCUAAAUACGAAUUUGAUGAGGAAAACACUCGCUUACAUAGAUAAUCGCUUAGAAGAGUAUAAUUAAAUUGUAUGAUUUACUUGGAUCGAUAACAAAUAAAUAAGCAACAGCAAAUGCAUGAUUGUUUUUUCCCUUUUAAAAUUUAGUUGAUAUAUAUUGUUCUUAUCAGGGCAGUAAUUACUGUUAUUUAGAGCACUUAUCCUUGGACAUGGUAUUGUAUGGUGUAUAA